UGAAGGCACACCACAGAAAAUAUAGUGCUCCAGAAAGCUCAUAACCUAGAUGGUGACAAAGAUCGAUGGACAGAUAUGACUAUGUGGCUGCCUUUGGAGGAAAAGGAACAGGAAAAAUCAUGCACCCAGAAGGACAGAUGCCUGUGAUGGAGGCCGACAACAUAGACCCAGGGCUAGUCAAUGUCAGUAGGCUGCCUAUGGGGAUUUCAAGGUCAAUCUUCCAGGCAAGUCCUCUGUACCAGAGCAAUAAGCAUCCAUCCCCUUCUCAAGUUUCUCAGUUUCAAGGAUUUCAACAGCUUAACAAAACCACACCAACCCAUUCAUCUACAGACAUAAAAGCCUUUAACUUUCAAUUAUCUAGUAUGAGUAAUGAUAGCCAAGAAGAGAAAAUUGGAAACCCCCAACCAAAUAUCUCAAACUCUCGCCCACAAUUCAACUGCCUGCAAUCAAUUCAAGACCAAAUGACAGUAAGUAGAUCUGGGAUGUCUGUUCAGAUGACUCCAGAGAGAAUGACAGAAGCAGAAGAGAAAUCCAGCAACACAUGGAAGAACAUUAGAAAAUCAUAUGUACAGAAAAAAGUAUCAGCUCAAAAAGUGCCUCAUUUUGUUCCUGAUCAAGCACCUGAGAGGAAAAAAACAAGCCCCCUCAAUCCUGCAUAUGCCAUCCGAAAGUCACGGAUGAUUAAUGGUAUCCAUAUGCGGUCAUUUAGGGAUAGGGUGAUACACCUACUGGCACUGAAAGACUACAAGAAACCAGAACUUCUUGUUCAAUUGCAAAAAGAUGGCAUCAAAAUCAAUGACACCAAUUUUCUUGGAAAGAUUCUGCUGCAGGUGGCUAAUCUGAAUGCCACUACUUUGUCGUAUACUUUAAAGGACAGUAUCUUUAAAGAGGUCCAGAGAGAUUGGCCUGGUUAUAAUAAGGAAGACAAGCAGUCACUGGAUUUGGUACUUUCCAGAAAACUGCAUCCAUUUCACAAUGCUACCGAGGUCACCCAUAGCAAAGAAACAUCUGUAAUUUCUAAAACAGAUGAUACAUCAUCCUCAAAGGAUCAUUUUCUUCAUUUAUCUGAUAUUGACCCUUUAAUUAAAAACAAAGGAGGACUCUGUUCCCCUAAAUCUGCUGUGCAGUUAGCAUCAAACGGCUAUGUAAGCAGUGAGACGUCUAUGAUUCUGCCAUGCUCUGCAGCUCCUACCAAAUAUGUUACUUUACCACUGCCUAACUCUCACCUGCCAAUUUCGAAUUCACCACUGCUCAUCAAAUCCAAUAGUAAUAUUUCCUGUUCUCCAGAAAGAUCUGAGAGUCAAUACACAUGUGACAGCAUCCACCAUGAUGGCAGCACAAUUGAAAGAGAGAUGAAUAAAUGCACGUCUUCAGAAACCUCAUCCUGUGCUUCUGUUCAAAAAAAGCAUUCAAAGCCGAUUGAAAUGCAACAUUUUAUGCCCAAGAAGUUCAAAUGUGCAUUUGCAAAGCGCAAAACAACCAUCCCAAAUUACAUUACCAGCAUGAAGGAAAUACCGAAGAUUGAUUUUAACAAACAAGACGAAAUUAUGGAGUCAAAUUCCAACAAAGAAGUUAAAAAAGCUUUUGCUGAUUCUGGAAAGUUUGUUACUACAUGUGGGACUCCAGAGUAUUUGUCUAAUUAUUCCAUAAUAGUUUCCUCUGACCAACAUCAGUAUUAUGAGGAUGAAUUCCGGGCAGACUACAGUGAAUAUCAGGCCAUGUAUGACAAGAUACAGAUUUCAUGUACACCAAUCAUUGACCUAGAUUCAGAAAGGAAGGGAUUUUCCCCAGGAUCAAAAGAAUACCAAGAUAUUACUAAAAAAAAUCUCAAUAGAGUAUCAGAAAAUGCGACAGCUUAA